AUGUCGUGUGUUAUUCUCUCUUUCUUACACUCUUUUUUUUGUCCUUCUGUUUCCAUUUUCUUGUUCGUACCUUCUUUCUCUUCUUAUUUUCUUUCUCUAGCCUCUUUUUCUUUUCUUUUUUUAUCUUAUUUUCUUCACUUCAUUCUUUCAAUUUGCGUUGCAGUCUCAUUUUUUAUUUUUUUGGCCUUUCAUUCUUUUUCAUUCUUUUCAUUUUUCACGGGUUUUUCUUUUCUAAUUUUCUUUUUCAUUUUACUUCGACUUUUUAAACUUAUUUUCUAUUUAUUUUCUUUUUCUUUUUUUCUUUCUUUUUGUCUUUCUUCUUACCUAGACUCCUUAUUUUUUUCUUCUUUUUAUUUCUUCUUCGUUUUCUCAACCGAUUUUUCUGCUUCAUUUCCACCAUUUUCUUUCAUUCGUUUCUUCUUCGCCGUUAUUUUCAUCUUUCUUAAUUCACGUCAUUAUUCUUCAUUCAUUAUCCCCCUCCUUCUUAAGUCCACUUGUUUAGGUUUUCCACCAUUCACUUUUCUUUCUUCUUCAUUCGUACUUCUUCUUCUUUCUUCUUCUUUACUCCUCCUCUUCCUCCUCCUUCUUUCUUUCUUUCUUUCUUUCUUUCUUUCUUUCUUUCUUUCUUUUCCCUGCGCGCCUUUUUUAGACGUCUCUUUUAUAUUUCGUCUCUAUUUGAGUUUUCACUUUUCUUUUAUUCUAUCCCUCUUUUUUCUCCUUCUCCCGUUUGUCUUUUUCCUUCUUUCCUCUCUCUCUCUCUCCUUUUCCUUUCUAAUUCUCCUCUUUCCACUUCUCCCUCUUUGUAUCGGCCAUUGA